GCAAAAAUCUAACUCACCCUCUUCUCUGUUAUAUACCUGCAUACUUUUUCCCUGCUGAAGAAUCUGCUCUUUUUGAGUUCUCAGGAGAGGAGCUGCAGAAGAAAAAUGGCUGCCGCAACUGCAUCUCCCAUGGCCAGUCAGCUCAAGAGCAGCUUUGCAUCAUCAUCAUCAUCCUCGGCCAGGAGCCUGAUUGCUCCCAAGGGCCUCUCGGGUUCCUCCUCCUUCAGAGCCUUGCCCACCAAGAGGAUUCACUCCUUCACUGUCAAGGCUGUCCAAUCAGAGAAGCCAACUUUCCAAGUGAUUCAACCCCUCAAUGGUGACCCUUUCAUUGGGAGCCUUGAGACUCCGGUCACAUCCAGCCCGAUCAUUGCAUGGUACCUCUCGAACCUCCCCGCCUACAGGACCGCCGUGAGCCCGCUCCUCCGAGGUGUCGAGGUGGGCCUCGCCCACGGAUUGCUCUUGGUGGGCCCCUUCGUCAAGGCCGGCCCAUUGAGGAACACAGAGUAUGCAGGAGCAGCAGGAUCACUGGCCGCCGGAGGCCUGGUUGUGAUCCUGAGCAUCUGCUUGACAAUGUAUGGGAUUGCCUCAUUCAAUGAAGGAGAGCCCUCGACCGCACCAUCACUAACCUUGACCGGGAGGAAGAAGGAGCCCGAUCAGUUGCAGACUGCGGAUGGGUGGGCCAAGUUCACCGGUGGGUUCUUCUUCGGCGGGAUCUCCGGGGUCAUCUGGGCCUACUACCUCCUCUACGUGCUCAACCUUCCUUACUUUGUGAAGUAAAUUCAUACAGAAGAAAGUGAUGAAAUUGAAGAGUCAUGUCUGUAUAUUUGAACCCUUUGGGAAGGAAUGGGAUCGAUGAAAUUUCAUGUCA